AUGGACGAGCCCUGCGACCUCCCGGCCCAGGACCUGUGGGGCGGCCACGGGGACGACAUUACAGAAAUCAGCCAGAAGCUGCAAGGUGAAUACUUCAGGUACAAGGGCAUCCCCUUCCCCAGCGGCCUGUACUCACCUGAGAGCAUCAGCUUGGCGGAGAACAGCCCUGACGUGAGGGACGACGACAUUUUCAUCAUCACCUACCCCAAGUCAGGCACCUCCUGGAUGAUCGAGAUCGUGAGCCUGAUCCUGAAAGACGGGGACCCCUCCUGGAUCCGCUCCGUGCCCAUCUGGGAGCGGGCGCCCUGGUGUGAGACCAUCGUGAGCGCCUUCAGCCUCCUGGACCAGCCCAGCCCCCGCCUCAGGAGCUCCCACCUCCCCAGGCAGCUCUUCACCAAGGCCUUCUUCAACUCCAAGGCCAAGGUGAUCUACCUGGGCCGGAACCCCCGCGACGUGGUGGUGUCCCUCUACCACUACUCCAAGAUCGCCGGGCAGCUGAAGGACCCGGGCAAACCCGACCAGUUUCUGCAGGACUUCCUCAAAGGCGAAGUGCAGUUCGGCUCCUGGUUCGACCACAUUAAGGGCUGGAUUCGGAUGCAGGGCCAAGAGAACUUCCUGUUCAUCACCUACGAGGAGAUGCAACAGGACCUCGAGCGCUCGGUGAGGCGCGUCUGCGAGUUCCUGGGCCGGCCGCUGGGCGAGGAGGCGCUGGCCUCCGUGCUGGCACACUCGGCCUUCGGCGCCAUGAAGGCCAACACCAUGUCCAACUACACGCUGCUGCCCGCCAGCCUGCUGGACCACAGCCAGGGGGCCUUCCUGCGGAAAGGUGUCUGCGGGGACUGGAAGAACCACUUCACCGUGGCGCAGAGCGAAGCUUUCGACCGCGUCUACCGCAGGCAGAUGCGGGGGCUGCCGGCCUUCGCCUGGGACGAGGCCCCUGAGGCGCCUGAGGACCCCAGCCCCGACCCCGCCUCUGAGCACCCCACCCCGUGACCCGCACAAUAAACCA